AUGCAUACUUCUUCCAGGCCCAGUAGGGGCACCAACCCACCUGUGUCACAGUUCUCUAUUCCUCGAUUAUGUUCCGUAUUGUUUCUCUUGUCCGGCUUCCCUCUGGCAGAUGGGCUGCAUCACAUGGCCACAAAGGCGCCACGCAAAUCCCUCAAUCGCAGAAAAGCACCCAUCACGCCCUUGCUCAUCACCAACCGAUGUCCUGACGAUAUCUGGCCUGGAAUUGGAACUCAGUCUGGAGAUGGUCCGAGCGAGAACGGCUUCAAGCUGCAGCCUGGAGAAAGCAAGAACCAGACCGUGUCAGAAGAUUGGCAAGGUCGAGUCUGGGGCAGGACCAACUGCUCUUUCAACGAUGAUGGGACUGGACCUGCGCAAGGCCGUGGAAAGGCGUGCAUGUCGGGCGACUGCAAUGGCGUUCUAAACUGUGCAGUAGGCGGUGAUGUACCAGUCUCCCUUGCAGAGUUCACGUUGGAUGCUGGAGACGGACACACCUACUAUGACAUUUCCUUAGUAGACGGCUACAAUAUGCCCAUGGCCAUUGUCCUACAACCCCUCGAAAACGUCACUCUCGAUGACAUCCCGCCAAACCUCACCAACCCCUCAUGCCAAGGCACAGCUGGUCUCCUCGCCUCGCAGGGCUAUGUUCCGUACGAAGAAUACCCCGAUUUCCUCAGGACGAACACUUCAUAUCCCCUACCGUUUGAGGAGGAAGUAGACGAAACCAAAAUCUCAAAAUGGUGUCCAUGGGACCUGCAGCAAUUCCCUCCGGAUAAGCCAGGCGACGGUGUGUAUCCGUAUCCCGAUGACAACAUCCAGAGGCCCAUGUUCAACCCUUGCUACUCCACUUGUGCCAAGAACAACCGGCCCGAAGACUGUUGUACAGGGGAGUACAAUUCAGCCAGCAAGUGCCGGCCCGGCGACUAUUCCAAGAACGUCAAGGAAGUCUGUCCAGACGCGUACAGUUUUGCAUUUGACGACCAGACGUCCACCUUCAUCAUCCCAUCUGGAGCAGGCUUUGAAGUCGUCUUUUGUCCCGGAGCCCGCUCGACGAACAUCCUGGACACGAGCAUGGACGAGAUGCUGCAGCUGGCGCAGAACGGAAAGGUCGACCAUCAGGUUGCCAUGGCUUUGAAAAGGUCCAGGCAGGAGAUGUUCCGGAGAAGCAGUGCAACGCGGACUUUCGGACUGGAUAGCAGUGUUCUCAUGGGCAUGUCUCUUACGGCUGUGUUCUUAUCGUUCGUAUUGUUCGGAUAG